UGAUGAGCUAUAGGAACAGUUCUUCCUGUAUCUUUCUGACCACAGUAGUGAAGAAGGUAGAGGCAUCUCCAUCUAACCUCACCGUGCCAAAUUCCAUAUCUGCAAGUAUAUAACCAGUCUUCUUCUUUGCUGCCCUGUCAAAUGGGUGGCAACUCGCCUUGUGCUUCUUGCAAGCUUCUCCGGAGGCGAUGCACCAAGGACUGCAUCUUUGCUCCUUUCUUCCCUUCCGAUGAACCCCACAAAUUUGCCAUGGUCCACAAGGUGUUUGGCGCAAGCAACGUUAGCAAAAUGCUGCAGGAGCUUCCGCUACACCAAAGAGCGGACGCAGUGAGCAGCCUCGUUUACGAAGCGAACGCAAGGAUGAGGGAUCCGGUGUAUGGCUGCGUCGGGGCCAUCUCCUACCUGCAGAACCAGGUUUCCCAGCUCCAGAUGCAACUCGCGGUGGCGCAGGCGGAGAUCCUGUGCAUUCAGAUGCAGCAGGAGCCGGCCUUGCCUGAGCCGCAGAUGGACGCCGACGACAAGUCCUUCGUCGUGCACAACGAGCUCAGCAGCAUGGCUCAGUUCAUGAACCAUCCAUCUACCAGCAAUGUACCCCAGGAGGCUCUCAAGAGAGAGUAUCCAUGGACAUGAAACCUUUGUUUCUGUUCUGUUAAUGGAAUCUAGACGGUGCCUCGGCCGUAAGCAGAUGAGACAUGGAGUAGCAUCUUUUGUCUUGUUUGCUACAGAGAUUAACAAGCUCGCUCCACGGUGGGUCGGUGUUCCGCUCAUCCUUAUCUUCACAUGGAUCAAGUGAUUCUUCCACGUACGUGUCCCCCGUCAUUGCAAUGUUUAGGUAGGCAGAAACGCUACAGACACAAACUGGAAGAUUCCUGCUGCUCUUCCUAACACAAUUCCCUUUGUCAGAAUCAUAGGGUGAUGAUGCUUGUCAUGGGAGAAAGAUGAGGGCAGCUGCCAAUAUUGAAUCAUAUGUCCAACUUUUACU